AUUCUGUUUGAAAGUCGAAAGUUUCGGGUAUCAUUUCAUGCAAAGAGUUGAGUGAUAAACGUGGAAACUGUUUGGUAAUUAAUAGAAGAGAAAGUAAACAAAGAGAAACUGUCACUUGCUUAUACGCCCUAAUGAAAAAUCAACCGAGAAUUGUUUUAUUUACUUCGUCGAAAAACGAAAUUCGUUCCUCGACGUAGCAGAACAAUUUUUUCCACGGUUACAUUCCGUAUAUUUUUCCUCUAAUUAUGAACGAAGGUGAUGUUAAUAUUUUAAAAAAUCAGCUAUACAUAGCGAGAAACGAAAUAAAGAAUCUAAGACAACAAAUAAAUAAUCUUCAACAUGUUCACCAUAAGGACGUGCAAACGAUAUGCAAUAUGUUGCAAUCAUUUAAGUGUGAAGCAUGUAAAUCAAAUAAUCAACCAUCGGUGUCCAAUCACAAGGAUAAUAGUCAUCUACCAGACUGCAAGGAUGAAAUUUCAUUGAACACAAUUGGUGUUAUCAAAACUAUGUUUCUCGAAAAACGAGCUGUCCCUCGACAAGCAAGUGAAGCAGCUAGGAUUAUUAGCAGAAUUGAGUUGAAUUCGCGUAUAUUUAACAACCCCGAGCACUCGUUAGAAGGCCUGGAAACUUUUUCCCAUAUAUGGAUUUUAUACUACUUCCACCGUAACCAAAUACACCUCAAAUCGAAAGUUGCUCCACCUCGUCUGGGCGGUGAGCGGGUUGGAGUUUUUAGCACAAGGUCACCGCAUCGACCGUGUCCAAUUGGACUUUCACUGGUACAACUGGAUAGAAUAGAUAAUGGCACAAUUUACUUCUACGGAACAGAUAUGGUGGACGGUACACCUGUCCUUGACAUCAAGCCCUACAUCCCACAAUAUGACGUUCCGAGAAAGAUUGAAAGACAGGAAUUCUUUUCACCAAGAGAGGCACCAGAUGGCGAAGAGAAUUGUGAAUCAGUCAAAACUGCCUCCACAUCUACCUCAGGAAACCUUGUUUCUAAUGUUACAGUUCCAAACUGGGUGACAAACUGCAAAUAUUUAUCCGUUACAUUCAAUGAAACUGCAGAACAGCAACUUCAAGAACUGGCAGUCGAAAAAAAAUCCAUAACGGAAAUUUUGAGGGCCGAUCCACGAUCAGUUUACUUACGAACAAAAUACGGAUCUCAAAUAUAUACUUUUCAAUUGGGUGAAAAUACGGUUACUUGCAAAUUUGAUGAUCAAAAUUCUAUCGUCAAUGUACUACAAGUGCGAAAAGUUGUAAUCCUAGGCGACAUUCCCGUGUCCGAUGACGAAUAAAAUAUUAUCGAGUCAA